AAUAAGGCAAAAUAUUCAUCAAACGAUGCAGAUAUCUUUCCUGGCUGGUUAACACUCUGUGGAAACAGAAACAUCUAGAACUUUGCAAAUCCAGACCCUUCUCAGCACCUAAGCAGGUGCUGCCACGACCUAAAUGCUGCAGAAACUAAAUCCGAGGAAGGAAGAAGGAAAAGAUUGAAAUUCCAUUGACACGGGCCGGAGUUGGAAGACGGAAGUGUUCACUAGUGGAAUUCUACUCCAGAUGCUUUAUCUUCAAAAUUCUGAAUUAGGAAAGCGGGGAGGGCUCAGUCGCCCAAGAAAAUUUUGGAGGGGGGUCCGUGUCGGUUCUGCGAUCGCCCGAAUUUGGUCAUCUAAAUCCUCCUUGUCAGUACUCAGCUCACUUUAGGGGUACAGCGGGUUUUACGUUUGGGGUUAUUUUUACCCAGUCCUCCGCUCUCGAGACUAGCUGCAGCCUCCGGGACGACGGGACGCAGCGCCCACCUGUGACUGCCCCCGCCCUGCGCGCUCCAGGUCCAGCGCUGAUCGCCGCUCGCUCGGGAAUGCGGGUGUGAAGGGUCUGAGCUGCCGCCCAGCGGGGAGGAGACCCCGUGAAGCCGGAAACCACCAUCCCGGAGCUUCGAGGAGGGGGGAAGAGAGCACAUUCUUCAUCCAGUUGUGUGCCUUGGAGGGAUUUUAUUUUUAAUCAAAAAAAAAUUUUAAAAAGAAACAUUUCCGUGCCACUGUCUGUCAUCGUCCCUGGGGAAAUCGGCCAGGAGCAGUGGAACAUCCCCGAAACCAGACGGCAGAGGGAGGAGGCGCCCCGGCAGCGCCCGCUGCGCCCGGCGCCCGGCGCCCGGGCCACCUUGGCUCCGGGACACAUCUCCGGAGGAGCCGUGGGGCUGCGGCUCCGUCAAACUUUGGGGCGGGCGAGGGGGUUUCGUAGACCGAGGGCAGCCCCUCAACCAUGAUGUUUCGCGACCAGGUCGGGGUGCUGGCGGGCUGGUUCAAGGGCUGGAACGAGUGCGAGCAGACUGUUGCGCUGCUGUCGCUGCUCAAGCGCGUGAGCCAGACCCAGGCCCGCUUCCUCCAGCUCUGCCUGGAGCACUCGCUGGCCGACCGCGCCGAGCUGCAAGUCCUCGAAGGCGAGGCCAACAGCCCAGGAAUCAUUAACCAGUGGCAACAAGAAUCCAAGGAUAAAGUGAUUUCCCUCCUGUUAACUCACCUGCCUUUGCUGAAGCCAGGAAACCUCGAUGCGAAAGUAGAGUAUAUGAAGCUGCUGCCCAAGAUCCUGGCACACUCCAUCGAGCACAACCAGCACAUCGAGGAGAGCAGGCAGCUGCUGUCCUAUGCUCUGAUCCACCCAGCCACUUCGCUGGAAGAUCGCAGCGCCCUGGCCAUGUGGUUGAAUCACCUGGAGGACCGCACGUCCACCAGCUUCAGCAGCAGCCAGAACCGAGGCCGUUCGGACUCUGUGGAUUACGGGCAGUCACACUACUAUCACCAAAGACAGAACUCCGACGACAAGCUCAAUGGGUGGCAGAACUCUCGGGACUCUGGGAUUUGCAUCAACGCCUCCAACUGGCAGGACAAAAGCCUGGGGUGUGAGAAUGGCCAUGUGCCCCUCUACUCCUCCUCCUCUGUCCCCACCACCAUCAACACGAUUGGAACCAGCACAAGUACAAUUCUCUCAGGCCAGGCACACCACAGCCCUUUGAAACGAUCUGUGUCCCUUACCCCACCCAUGAAUGUGCCAAACCAGCCUCUAGGACAUGGAUGGAUGUCUCAUGAGGACUUACGAGCUAGAGGACCCCAGUGCCUCCCUUCCGAUCAUGCCCCCCUGUCUCCACAAAGCAGUGUAGCCUCUUCAGGAAGUGGUGGGAGUGAACACUUAGAAGAUCAGACCACUGCUCGUAACACAUUCCAAGAAGAAGGUAGUGGUAUGAAAGAUGUUCCAGCCUGGUUGAAGAGCCUGCGCCUGCACAAGUACGCCGCAUUGUUCUCCCAGAUGACCUACGAGGAGAUGAUGGCCCUCACCGAGUGCCAGCUGGAGGCUCAGAAUGUUACCAAAGGCGCGAGACACAAAAUCGUCAUCAGUAUUCAGAAGCUCAAAGAAAGACAAAACCUCCUGAAGUCUCUGGAAAGGGACAUCAUCGAGGGGGGCAGCCUGCGCAUCCCACUGCAGGAGCUGCACCAGAUGAUCCUGACCCCCAUCAAGGCCUACAGCCCCCCGAGCACCACCACUGACGCACGCCGCCGGGAGGCCUCCCUGCUGGGCCCCGAGAGCCCGAGCCCUGACGGCAAGGAUGCAGUGGCCACCAGCGCCUCAGCCAGCGCCACGGCCGGGGCCAGCGGAGGGCUGCAGCUGCACCAGCUGAGCAGCUGCGACGGGGAGCUGACCGUGGCGCCCCUGCCAGAGGGUGACCUUCCCGGGCAGUUCACGCGUGUCAUGGGGAAAGUGUGCACGCAGCUCUUGGUCUCCAGGCCCGACGAGGAGAACAUAAGCUCCUACCUGCAGCUCAUCGACAAGUGUCUCAUCCACGAGGCGUUCACAGAGACGCAGAAGAAAAGAUUGUUGUCAUGGAAACAGCAGGUGCAGAAGCUUUUCCGGUCUUUCCCUCGGAAAACCCUCCUGGACAUAUCAGGGUAUCGACAGCAAAGAAACCGGGGCUUCGGGCAGUCCAACUCCCUUCCGACGGCUGGCUCUGUGGGCGGCGGCAUGGGGAGGCGGAACCCGCGCCAGUACCAGAUCCCCUCUCGGAACAUCCCCUCCGCCCGCCUGGGCCUCCUGGGCGCCAGCGGAUUCGUCAGCUCCAACCAGCGCCACAUGGCAGCCAACCCCACCAUCAUGAAACAAGGAAGACAGAACCUCUGGUUCGCCAACCCCGGUGGCAGCAACAGCAUGCCCAGCCGCACACACAGCUCAGUGCAGAGGACCCGCUCACUGCCCGUGCACACGUCUCCGCAGAACAUGCUGAUGUUCCAGCAGCCAGAAUUCCAGCUUCCAGUGACUGAGCCCGACAUCAACAACAGGCUGGAGUCCCUGUGCCUCAGUAUGACCGAGCACGCCCUGGGAGAUGGGGUUGACCGGACCUCCACAAUCUAGAAGCUGAAGAUGAGAGGGACCGCACUGGCUGUGAACUUGACUUCAGGGUUGCACAGAAUCCUCCAAGAUAUUUUGCAGCCUUUUCCCCCUGGUCCCUCGCCCAUUUUGAUUUUGUGAGAGUGUAGGUCAUCCUUGUAAACAUAUCAGUAGACCCGGGAUUGGUUGUCAUUUGUUUCUGUAUGGGAUAGUUUGGUGUGCAGGGUUGGGAGGGGUCUCUAGGGAAAUAGGGGACUGAGAGGGGUUGGAGAGAUGCAAGUGGCUUCCUAGGUGGAAACGGGGGGGAAGGGUACUGCCAUGAAAGAGAUGAGAGAGAGACAGGACCUGGGGAGCCCCCUCAGAGGACCUGGCUUCCCCGUCAGGCCAUAGAAGAGGAUACACGUGACCAAAGCAAGAUGGUGGCUCGUCUGUGUGUGUCUCCCCUGACUGGAUUUCCCUGAGCGGCUUGCUUGAAACAGCUGCACAAGAGGGCCACAUGGCAACAGGGGCAAGAAAGAAGAAAUUCCCUCUAGCAAAAUUUCAGAUAAACUUUGACUUGUGUAUUGUUUACAUAAGAAUUUUAAAGGGUACAUAAUGUGUAAAGAGUUUGGGUGGAACUUCUCUUCAUACUAUGGUUUUUGUAAAGGAUCUAUUGUUAUGGAUUCAUUUUUUUCCCCUCUAUUUUUAUAAUAGCAGCAGGAUUGUCUUUUAAAACAGCUGCCAAGCUCUGCUUUUUGGGAAGAAGGAUGUAGUCACACAAGCCUGAGCUGUCGCCUCUCACCAUUAAGGGGCGGAGCAUGUGAGUGGACUCCGGAAAGAGCACAAGACUAGGCCAGGGUAAAGCAUGAAGGCACCAUGUGAUCCAUCUCAGAUCCACUCACAGGUCACCCAGAGAGUCUAAAAAAGCCUGCAGCCUCUUUCUGGGCUGGAUUUGCUUCUCAUCUAAAGACCUCUGUCUUCCCACCCACCAUGGGCUUCAUCCCAGCCUCUUGGCCUUGCUCCAAAACACACAGGUGAGUGCAAGUUCCCCUGGAGGAGGAAGGGCGCCGCUGGAUGCUUUCCCCUGGCAAGAGGCCUGAUGCCUGGAGGAUAUGCUCGAAAUGUCUACAGUGGGGUCGGUCAUAGGAACUUGAGUCUGGGGGCUGCAGCCCCUUCACUCUGGCCCUGAGGAGGAGGAGGAGGAGAGAAACGCCCAGCAACAGUGGCCAGAGGGCCAGCCAGCAAGUGUCAGAGGGUGCAGAGAGACACUGGGCCACGUGGCCCAGCCCCACUGUGCAGGUGGCCACGGAGAGCAGGAGUAGGAAAGGUGAAGCGCGACAGCUCCAUCCAGACCGAGUCAGUCAGAUUUGCCAUAUUGUUCGCUGAUUUCUCCAUCCACGCAGAAGGGCAAAAACCCCACCCAUUACACGGUGAGAGAUUAACAAACUGUGGUACCACAGAGUAAUAGCUCUGUUUCUUAAGGGCAAGAAAGACUGUUGCAGAAUUUGACACAGUGAAGGGAAUUAGAGGAAAGCAAAAAGGAACUGUUCUCUGCACUGGAAAAUUGGGUUGUGUAAAUGAUGGUAUGAAUGCUCAGCCGGAGGCGCGAUCAGGGAGCUGGUACAAGGCCUGCGUAUUACAUGGGUGGAUUUGGUGCUUUUUUUCUUAAGAGAAGUCAGAGUCAAAGAGAUCAGACCGUGGAAAUUACUGCGCUUGCUUACGAUUAUUUUUCUAAAGAAGAGUUAAUGAAGUACACAUAGACUUAAAUGGCCUUGAUAAAAUCCAAACAGCUUUUUUACCUUCAAGAUUAAAAAUGUACACCCGAAGAGCUGAGAGCACGGUAACCAGUCGGAGCCUUUGGUGAGCACAGGAAGUUGGAGUCCAUAAUUGCAUGCAGUGCUGUUAAAAAGGAAAAGCAGAAGCUUCCUACCCCUCCGUGGGUGACUCAGUCCUGAAGGUGUAAAUCUGUGUGCAGGAGAAGGCAGCAUUUUUUUAGUUGAUUUUUUUUUUAACCAAGUGCCAUUAACAUCCAUCCUGGCCAUUCCUUGUCAGCACGGCAUAAUGUCAGGAAUGUGCAGGGAUGGACGAUCACCUGGAAGGCAGGAAGAGUAAGGCAAAAUGUCGAAGGCCAGAGGUAAGGCCAGAGGGUUUGAGGAUGUGUUUUGGGCAUGCUGAGAAAGUUAACGAAGAGGAGAGAAAAUGAUGGUUUUACAUGUUGAGAGAGGAGGAGGACUGUUUGGAUCUGCAGCAGAACCCGUACGUACGUCUAUGAAGACUCAUCCAGAAAACAGAUUGUGAACACAAUCACCUUAGCAUGAAUCCUUUAAAAGGAAGAUGACCUUAAAGUAUUUGCAAAUCUGAAUUUCUAUUUAUUCCUUCACUGAAUAUAGAAACAAUGGUUAUCUGAUUAUUAGAGAUAUUAUUUUGGAUAUGUUACUUAUUAACUUGCUAUGGCUGGUAACCAUGAUAAAGUCUGUUAUUAAUAACAACAUAAUUCUUUUUUUAAAAAAGAAAAGAAAAGCUUAUUUUUCAUUGACUAUGUAUAGAUUUAUCUACUUAGUUGUGUUUUUUGCUAUGUCAGUGUUUUAGUUGUUGUUUUUCCUUUUUUGAGUGUUCUGAUGAAUUCUAGGAGCCUGUCCCCGCCUUGUUUUGAGUCCUGUGUUGACUGCAGGUAUACAGCUCAAUUUAAAAAUCCUAAAGCAAAAAGAAUUUUAUUUAUAAAAGAAUCCAACAGUUGCAUGCCUAAGGCUGUGAAGUCGGAUAUUUAGUAAUAAAGCGGCAGUGCCUUUUUUUGUAUUUACCCAUUGACCCCCCCCAAUGCAACUGUUUUAUAUUAAUAGUAAACAAUUUAAAAUCUCAGAGUAAAAUCUAUUUCACUACAUGGAUUUCUCCCCCCUUGUUCUGAUUUAAGCAGUGUGUGCCGGCAUCUCUAUGCUGUCCGAGGGACGGCGGUGUAUACAAUAUUGUUAUCAUGUACGAUGUUUUUUGGUGCUUUUUACUCAUAGUAGUUUCUUACCAGAAACAGUAGGAAGAAACACAUGAAUUGUGUACAAGACAUGAAACAUGCUGCUGAUACGUUUUUUUCCACUUGCUUUUUGAGUUUGACUUUUUCAGCGAGAGCCAGGGAGCCGAGUGGACUCUGCUGGGUCUGCCUGCCAGGGGGGCUGUUGGCACCAAGCUCUCAAAUCCUAGAGACAGUGGGUCCCUCCUAGGUACUUGGGAUCAGAGCUGCACCCAGGUCCACCUCCCAUUCGCUUGAAGUGACACUGAGGGAAACCAGGUUUCCUUUUGAGGUGGCUGCCUUUUAUGCAGUGGGAGCCUUCUCUCCGGGUCUUUGUUCUGCACCUCUUGUAGCUGCCACAGGUGCAAGGUUUGCAUAUGCGUACCCCCGGGAACCUGGGCCGUUGGCCACAGAAGGGCAGCGAGGGGAGGACACGCAGGCCCCGUGCGCUUCCCCCAAAUUAUGCGCCGCUGCCUGCUGUGGCCUGGGUUCGGGGAGCAGCCUCUAGGAGACACCCGCUUGGUGCGCCUGCCUUUUACAAGCAGCACCUGCGGAAGGCUCAUUUGCACAUGGAGCUGUGAUAACACUAAUGUUGUGUUCUCUUUCUUUUUCACAAGUCAUCAGAGAUGUUUGCAAAGUGAGUUUUUGGGUUUUUUUGUAAUCCCUUUAUCUUUACUUAAAGGUGAAUGUGUAUUCCUCUGGGAGGAAUAGGAAGAAAACAGGAAUGUUAAUAAUGUCAAACAGAAGACUUCCUCCCUUAUUAAUAUAUAACCCUCAUGUAUUUAUGCCUAAUGUAAGCUGACUUUUAAAAAGCUUUCUUUUGUUGCAUGCCCCAUGCAGGCAUCUGUAUUGUAUAUGCAUGCCUUUCGUCCUGUUUUCCUGUAUAAAGUUAGUGAACAAAGAAAUAUUUUUGCCUAGUUCAUGUUGCCAAGCAAUGCAUAUUUUUUAAAUUUGUCAUAUAUGGAAACAGCAUGUUUGUUACAUGUAAAAGCUUUACUGAUAUACAGAUAUACUAAUGUUUGAAGAUGCUGUUCUUUGCAAGUGUACAGUUUUCAAAUGUUACCAGUGAAACACCCUUGUGGUUUAAACUUGCUACAAUGUAUUUAUUACUCAUUUCCUCCAUGUAACUAAGAAUCAUGGCUAUAUUUCAUAUCAACAUUAUAUUGAAAGUGAAAGGGAAAUGAUUAAUACAAGGUUUUGUAACACUGG